CACUUUCUCUACGACUACACAACUGCAACAUGGCGGACAAAUACAUGCUCAGAGUGACCGCUGGGUCCGACUACGACGAGGCCAACCAGAAGCUGGUCCACGUCAACACCGAACAACCGCUCAGCAUUUCAAACUCGAAGCUCGAUGCCUCGCUGACCGUCCGCAUUCAAAACUACCGCGGUGAACCUGUCAACUCUCCCUCGUCAUGCGCCUACUUCGAGACCGACCCGCAUAAGUCCGACCUCUACAGCAUUUCCUUCUCUUUUACGCCCAAGAAGAACAUCAACGGUCAUGACUUGGUUUUCGGAAACGACUUUGACCACCCCAUCAAGGACAAGCUGCCUCCAGGCUUUGGACAGGCAAUGAAGAUUGCUCAGUGGUUUAUUGACCCUGGACUCUACGGCGACGCAUAUGCCGAUGAGCCAUACCUAUACGGACCUUUCCUCAGUUCGAUCAACACAUUGAGAGUUGGAGAAAAGAAAGAGCCGGCUGAAAUGAAGGGAAGUGAGGACAAGCCCGUCGUGGUAUCUGAAGGUGCCGACGGUGAUGGUGUCGAGGCCAGAAAGAAGGCUGGCUUGCCCGACGAAGCAAACGCUCGCAAGAAGCACUUUCUCAAGGAGCAGCACCUGAAGGACUUUACCUUCGAAGAGGGCAGAAACUACAGCUGCGACUUCUUCAACCCAUACCUGGACUUCAACGGUAUGCUGCGACAAGACAAUCCUAAAAGAGAGUUAAUCUACAUUCCCGGCAUCACUAUCCCCAUCAUUAGCUACUGGGAUGGCCAACCUCUGAGGUCUCACGCGCUUAGAUAUGUCCUCAAAGACAGAAGCACAAACGAGGUGCUCUUUGUCAUCAUCUUCACACUGCUACCCCGCCACAGCGAGGGGCAGAAGGACGAGUCGAAGAAGGACGACAAGUCUGGCCAGAAAGACGAAGAUCUUGAU